CAGCAGUGAAGCCAUGAAGGAGCUGGUGACUUGGUUGCUUUCAGCUUGGAUGGUAUGGGGAGCAUUCGGGAGCACGGCACGCCUCCGCAAAGCAAACAGCCAGGAUGGCAGAUGCAUCUAUUCCUUCACAGUCCCCAGUGCAAACGAAGCCAGCUGCAGUGACCCUGGGGAAGUGAUGGCCAUUAUCGGGGAUCUCCGGAGGGAAAGCAACAGCCAGCGCCUGGAACUGGAGUCCUCCAAAGCAAGGCUCAGCCUCCUGGAGAACCUGGUCAGCCAGCUGCAUGGGAACCCAGCAGCAAGGAGUUCCUCCUUCUCUGUGGUGAGUUUGCUUCAAAAAGAGGUGGAGAGUCUGAAGAGAGAACAAGCCCAGAGGGACGCACAGGUCAGCAGGUUGGAGUACACCAUCAGCAGCCUGCUCCAAGACAAGUCUGACUUGGAAGAGGAUAAGAAGUGGCUGGAGGAAGAGAGGAAGGAGCUGGGAAGGAGGUUGGAGAACACCAUGCAGGAGGUGGAGCGGCUGAGAGCGAGCCACUGUUCCCAGGCUGGAGAGGCACCCAGCAGGGACUCCCUUCAAGAGUCAAAGGGGAACACAGACACUUUGGACUACCAAGAGCUCAAAUCGGAGCUGGUGGAGGUUCCUGCAUCCCGCCUCUUUCAGGGAAGCCCCUCACCUGGCGCAGAGGGGGAAGAAUCAGGCUGUGGGGUGCUCCUAUCUGUUGGUGAACCAGUGACCUUCCGCAGGGCAGAGACCAUUGCUGGCAAGUAUGGCGUGUGGAUGAGGGACCCAGAACCCGUCUCUCCCUACAGCCGAGAGACAACCUGGAGAGUUGAUACCGUUGGUUCGGAUGUCCGCCAAGUCUUUGAGUACAACAAUGUGGAUCAGUUCACCAAAGGCCACCCUUCCAAAGUACACGUGCUGCCCCGAUCCAUGGAGAGCACUGGAGCUGUUGUUUAUCAGGGUUCCCUCUACUUUCAGAUGCGCAAGUCUAGAAUAAUGGCAAAAUAUGACCUGAAGACUGAAGUUAUUACAGUCCAAAAGGAGCUACCCAAUGCCGGCUACCACGGACAGUUUCCCUACUCAUGGGGUGGAUAUACAGACAUUGACUUUGCAGUUGAUGAGAUGGGGCUGUGGGUAAUUUACAGCACUGGAAACGCAAAGGGGGCCAUUGUGCUUUCUAAACUGGACCCAGAGACCAUAGAGAUUGAACAAACAUGGGAAACAAACAUCCGCAAGCAGUCGGUGGCAAACGCCUUCAUUAUUUGUGGCUCCUUGUACACCAUCAGCAGCUACUCAUCCCCUGAGGCCACUGUGAAUUUCGUCUACUCCACUAAGACAGGAGCGAGUGCACCACUGAACAUCCGCUUUGAGAACCGCUACAGAUACAGCAGCAUGGUAGAUUACAAUCCCACAGAAAGAAAACUCUUGGCUUGGGACAACUUCAAUAUGGUUGCCUAUGAUAUCAAGCUUUCCAAGAUGUGAUUUGGAGAGAGUGGGAAGGUGCCACCUGCCAGCAAGGCUAUAUCAAGGGAAGCUUGGAGCCGGAAGUCCAUAUAAGCACCAUUAAUUUGACUAGUUACAUUAUGGGGCACACACAUCAUGCCAAGUUCUCCUGACCAAGCUCCACUGAAGGAACAGGAGCUGUGUGCAAGCUCACUCCUGUGCUUAGUAGCUGUGCUCUUGUGCAGCUGCUAUUCAUUUCAGUGGAGUUUAGGAAGGAGAACUUCCCAUGAAUUGUACCUCAGUUCACUGCCCUUAAUGGGCACCCAUUUCCAUUUGCUCCAAAUGUCUCUGCACAGUAUAGUCUUUCCUAAUUAGACCUGGGACACAAAUGCAUGCAGCCUUCAAAAUGACACAGACCCUUCCUCUUCUCUUUUUUACAAGUCAUUGUCUCUGGAGCCCUCUUCUUAGCCUGGACAUAGAAUUCAGCACUGU